AUGUUGCAGAUGGUCAGAGAACAACACCUGCACCAACGCGAACUACACCAUCUUUGCAACUUCCAACAGUGCAAACACCUCAGAAAAUUGAAGAUCCAACAACACCACGAACAACUCCUCGCACAGACCACUCUUGUUGCUACUCCUGGUCCCGCUUUUCCUCAAACCCCAACAGCUUCUACUUCUGUGUCAACAACCACUCCUAGAACAACACCAGCCAACACAACUCCUCGAUCAUCAGUUUCUGUUCCCGUGACGUCGGUAGUUGUUCCAUCCAUUGCACCAGCGGCUGCAUCUACUACCGCACUGGUUACAUCGGUUGUUUCAACAUUAACUCCUGCGCUUCCAACUGCACUUUCAAGCGCAACGACUACAACAUCACAACCAUCAACUACUUUUAAUAUAGGAAUAACAACAAUGAUACCACUAGCAACAAUAACGACAACAACAACUUCUACUACAACUACAACUACAAAAGCUUUUGUUAACACUCCUACAGUGACUCCUAUAAACAUAAUUUCAUCAACUUUGUUUGCAGCGACAACCAUGACUCCCCAGCCCUUCACUCCUCCACCCACUGUCCCAACGAUUCCUAUAAUUCCUACGUUGCCUCCGAUGCCAACAAUGUUUACAAUGGGGCCUACUAAUUUUAAUACAGCAGCGUUUACAGCACUUCCUCCUGCUAAUUCCAUAGCGCAAGAUGUUAAUUCGGCUAACGUGAAUAUUGUACUGAUGUUCUGCAACAUGUACACCUACCCAUCAACCACCAACGACCAGUAUGUUAUUCAACUCAGGAAUCAAAUUGCCAAUUACAUCGGCAAUGGUUUUGAUCAGUAUCGCAUCGCUCAAAUCACUGUCAGCUCAAAUCCUGAUUCAGGUCAAAUGGUGGCGGAAUUUGUUAUAAGACCUGGUUUGCCGAGUAAUCCCAAUCCACCAAAUGACUACAUCAUUCAAAAGUUGAAAGAAAAAUCAUUUAACAUUGUCGAUCUCAAUGGUAACAAACUUGCAACUAACUGUGAAUUGUCAUCAGUGAUUCCGUGGACAGAAUACUGGAGUUGUCCCAACAGAAAGUGUGAGAACGGAGGCUCCUGUAGAGUUAACAAUGCUGGAAGAUAUUCAUGCAUUUGUAAAUCAGGAUACGUCGGAAAUUAUUGUGAUAUAAAUUUGUGGCCACUUUUGUGUUUGCCAAUUAUAUUCUUCUUGGCUGCUCUUACAACUCUGUUUUUAUGUCUCUACUUACGACGUCGAAAACGAAGACUCGGUACAGCCUUCAAAGGGUUUAAGAGUAUUACAACUACAAGUGACACUACGAAAACUUCAAACACAACCGACAACACCACUGAUUCUAAAGCCAAUCCUUCGCCGUCGACAGCUGCUAACGACAAGAAAAAAGUUGACAACGAAUCAACUGUGAAAGUGAAGCCCAGUCCUAAACCAUUGCAAACUUUCUAUCUCCCGUACAAUAAGCCACUGACUGUCGGAUUUAGCGAUGUUCAGUUUAAUGAUAUCAACGCAGAUAAUUCUGGGUCAAAUCCUCCGCAAUUCAUGGCCGAUAGAGGAGCAAUUAGCAAAACUGGUGCAUCGUUAUAUGGCGGAGGAAAUGCUGUCGCUUCCAUUUAUGGAGGUCGCAGUAUUUUGACUCAGCCGAUAGAAGACCCAGAUAUCUACUACCAGACGAUGGGUCAAAAAAUGGCUCUUGCAUACAACGAUUACACUUUUGUUCCAACGGGAAGAAUAAGCACUGCAGGAAGCGUAGUUUUCCAUGGCCAGAAUCGUGGAUCAAACGGUGGAAACAUUUAUAACACCGUUGGAAACAAUGUGACUGCCACAAUGAGCAGUCGCGACCACGAUGACGAUGUGGCCAACGAUGGCACUGGAUACUACCAUGCAUUGGGACAGAAGCUGGCUAUUACAUUCAACGAUUAAGAUUAAAAGAAUGGAGUAGAAGAGUAUUUGCAAUGAACGAAUCCCAUUCAUUCACUGAAGAAUUAAUGGUGAAAUCUUGAACGCAAACUAUAAAUAAUCAAAUUUUCUUAUUAGUAACGUUAUUUUACAAUAUUUUUUAACGUUUCCAGCUGUGAUUUUGGCGCCAACAAUUUAAAAUAAAUAAUCAUGUUUUCAAAUUAAUAUUUAUUUAUCUUCCAUAAAUGAUAACACACUAUUUCUUUGUAGCUAAAAUUUUUUUUCGUUGUAUUUAUAAUAACUUAGAAUGAAAUUCACUAUGGUUAGUUAGACUCACGUGCUUUUAAUUUUAAGGUUUAAUCGCAUUUCUGUAAAUAAGUGAAAAAUCAAAACAAUCUUAGAUAAUCAUUUUGAAUAUUGAAAUCAGUUAUUUUCUAACAAAUUAUUAACCAUCAUCUAUUUUUUGUGGUGUUAUUCCAAAACGUUUACCAAUGACAGGUUGAAUGUUUUAUGAUAAUUUGUUGUCAUCAUUUAUUUCGAUGUAUUUAUAGGCUUGCGGUAAACAAAAAUACACUGGUUUUAUUUUAAAAAGUUUUAUUUAUGAAAUAUUUUUUAAAAUUCCUAACUUUCAAAUCUUCCAUAAAUAACAUCAAAUAUUUUUCACAAACAAAA